CCAGGCCCAGGCUCAGGCCCAGGCUCAGGCCCAGGCCCGUGUUCUCGGCCCCCGCUCGAAGACAGGCCCGUGACCGCGGCGACGCGCUGGUGGCGGCGGAGGGCGCAGCGGGCUGCUCGCCGAGGUGCCUGGCCUCGCCGCGGAGCUGCAGUACGUGGCGGCGCCUCCCUUUUGGCCCGUAGCGGAAUUGCCGAAGGUGCGGCCGCGCAGGCGGGACGAGGUGAACCGGGUCAUUUAACUGCCUUCAGGUGAUGACUCAUCUGCAUAAUAAUCAGAUUUGAGGUCCAGAGCCUUUUGUGGUCCUGCAGAGCAGUUUUCAGUGGAUGACUGGUGUGCCCUGAGGGGUGCCACAGUGACUGCUCGCUCUUGUUGAGGAAAGCGAGCUCUCCCGCUCUUUACACGUCCUCGUUUCCUUGAAAACAUUGUUAACGUCUUUCUCCAGCAUACGUUUUUCUGUGCAAGAGGAAGAUUUUCACAUGAAAGUGUCUCUUGGUAACGGCGAAAUGGGCGUCUCUGCCCAUUUGCAGCCUUGCAAAGCAGGAACCACUCGUUUUUUUACCAGCAAUACUCACAGUUCGGUGGUGUUGCAAGGUUUUGAUCAGCUUAGAGUAGAAGGAUUGCUUUGCGAUGUGACCCUGGUACCAGGUGAUGGAGAUGAAAUCUUCCCUGUUCACAGAGCUAUGAUGGCGUCUGCUAGUGAUUAUUUCAAAGCCAUGUUCACAGGUGGAAUGAAAGAACAAGAUUUAAUGUGCAUUAAGCUUCAUGGGGUGAACAAGGUUGGUCUGAAGAAAAUCAUUGAUUUUAUUUAUACUGCAAAACUUUCUCUUAAUAUGGACAAUCUUCAAGACACACUUGAAGCUGCCAGCUUUUUACAGAUUUUGCCUGUUUUGGACUUCUGUAAAGUGUUUCUUAUAUCAGGGGUCUCUUUAGAUAACUGUGUUGAGGUGGGACGGAUUGCUAACACCUACAAUCUUAUAGAAGUGGACAAGUAUGUUAAUAAUUUCAUCCUGAAGAAUUUUCCUGCGUUGUUGAGUACUGGGGAGUUCCUGAAACUCCCUUUCGAACGGCUUGCCUUUGUGCUUUCCAGUAACAGUCUUAAGCACUGUACUGAACUUGAACUCUUCAAGGCUGCCUGUCGCUGGCUAAGGUUGGAAGACCCUCGGAUGGAUUAUGCUGCAAAAUUAAUGAAGAACAUUCGAUUUCCACUGAUGACACCGCAGGACCUCAUCAAUUACGUGCAAACUGUAGAUUUCAUGAGAACGGACAAUACCUGUGUGAAUUUGCUUUUGGAAGCUAGCAAUUACCAGAUGAUGCCAUAUAUGCAGCCAGUGAUGCAGUCAGACAGAACUGCCAUUCGAUCUGACUCGACUCACUUGGUUACGUUAGGAGGGGUUUUGAGGCAGCAGUUGGUUGUCAGUAAAGAAUUAAGAAUGUAUGAUGAACGGGCACAGGAGUGGAAAUCUUUAGCCCCCAUGGACGCUCCUCGUUACCAGCAUGGCAUUGCUGUUAUUGGAAACUUUCUUUAUGUAGUUGGUGGUCAAAGUAACUAUGAUACGAAAGGAAAAACCGCCGUUGAUACAGUUUUUAGAUUUGAUCCUCGGUAUAAUAAAUGGAAGCAAGUUGCAUCAUUAAAUGAAAAGCGCACAUUCUUCCACUUGAGUGCCCUCAAAGGACAUUUGUAUGCGGUUGGGGGGCGAAGUGCAGCUGGUGAACUGGCCACAGUAGAGUGUUACAACCCAAGAAUGAAUGAGUGGAGCUAUGUUGCAAAAAUGAGUGAACCCCACUAUGGCCAUGCUGGAACAGUGUAUGGAGGCUUAAUGUAUAUUUCAGGAGGAAUUACCCAUGACACUUUCCAAAAUGAGCUCAUGUGCUUUGACCCAGAUACAGACAAAUGGACACAGAAAGCUCCAAUGACUACAGUCAGAGGUCUGCAUUGCAUGUGUACAGUUGGAGACAAACUCUAUGUCAUUGGUGGCAAUCACUUCAGGGGAACAAGUGAUUAUGAUGAUGUUCUAAGCUGUGAAUACUAUUCACCGACCCUUGACCAGUGGACACCAAUUGCUGCUAUGUUACGAGGUCAGAGUGAUGUUGGAGUUGCCGUCUUUGAAAAUAAAAUCUAUGUUGUCGGUGGGUAUUCUUGGAAUAAUCGUUGUAUGGUAGAAAUUGUCCAGAAAUAUGACCCAGAAAAGGAUGAGUGGCACAAAGUUUUUGACCUCCCAGAGUCACUUGGUGGCAUUCGAGCUUGUACCCUCACAGUUUUUCCACCUGAAGAAAACCCUGGGUCACCUUCUAGAGAAUCUCCUCUUUCAGCACCUUCAGAUCAUUCCUAGGACUAAGGUACAAUACCUUUGCAGUGCAUACGGAUGAUCUCAUACUUUUUCUUCAGUUGUAUCUCUUUACAAUGAUUGGUACAGUUAGUAGAUAAGAGGUAAUUGAUGUCAUUUGUGUUUUUUGGCUUAGUAUGUUUAUCAAUUGGCUAACAAAUGCAUUCUGAAAAUGUAUUCCACAUAGCCAGCUGUUUUAACAAAUGAAAAAAAAUGCGUAGAAAAUGUUUAAAUUAGAUGUCUUUUUGUGAUGUUUUGUAAGUCAUAUUGGAGGUGAUUGUAGUAAAUAUAAUUAUGUUCAUUAUGCUUCAAAGUUGAAAGUUUUCAUCUUUGAGAAACAUCAAAGGGAGGCAGCCUAUUGCGACUUAAAACAACAAAAAGUUGCCAAGUAUUGUUAGCUACCUCCGUCUUUUCAUAGAGCUUUUAACAUAUCUGUCAGCUCACCAGAUUGUGUGAAUUCAGACUAUGUGACAUUUCUUGAAGACAUGAGACAUAAUAAAUUCAAAAUACUAACUUGAAAAAA